GGGGGGGGGGGGGGGGGGGGGGGGGGGGGGGGGGGGUUCGGUCAUGUACGCCCAUGUAUACCGUUUUUCUAAGUCGCCAUUUGAUCUAAAUAAUUAAGAGUAAUAUAAACUGUCGUUGGCUCGACAAUUUGGCUGGCCCGCUUCUGGCUGAUUAAAGUAUUUUGAGUCACCUUGGGCUUCAUGCCAAGCCGAACUUUGAUAGGUCACUAAUAAAUCUCUUUUGGGUGGCCGGCCACCUUGUAGUUGUAGUUUAGGUUACAAACGUGCUCGUUUUUUAAUAUGUUUGUUUAUCAUAUAAUAUCUUACAUUUUCAGUGCAAUCAAAGUAUGUGAUGUUUUUCAGAUCACAUACUUUAAGAAUUUGAUAACUUUGCAAAUUAGAUGUAAAUUAGUCGAGGUCUCGGCUCUAGGUUUAUUGACAUUUAAGCAAACGUAGGGGAGAGUGGGGCAUAAUGGGAUAGUGGGGCAUAACGAGAAAAUGGAUUUUUGUUGUCUGUAAUUUGUCGGCAAUUGUCGGAGUAUGCCCCGAAUAUUCCCUGUAAAUCACGUGACCUGCAAAUGGCAGCGCGCUUUUUUAUCGGGUAAGAAGAAACUGUGAUUUAAAAAAACACGAUUUUCCGUCAAUUUCUUGUAAGAUAUUGAUUAUUUAAAGUUGCGUUCGUUACAAAUAUAUAACAUGGAUCCAUUCUAUAUUAGGUUUGGUUGGUCAUAGAUCACAUACACGUUAAAUUAACAGAGUUUAGUUUUGAUACAUUUGAUGGUGUUUGCUUAGUGGCGGUCAAGUACAAGACCCAUGGCUGGGGCAUAACGGGAUAACAUUCCCAUUUUGCCCCAUAGGCAUUCCCAUUUUGCCCCAUAGUAAAUCGUUUAAACAUAUCAAAACAUUUGGUCGAUCUUUUGUUGAAGUGAUGGUCCUAAGUUUGUCAAGACAUGCAAUAAAUAGCUUAUGCCUAGGCUACAGCCAAUUCUCACCUUGGAAAAGGUAAAAUAUAUAUUUUUUUUAAUGGUGCCUUUAUAAUUGCAGGUCUUUCUAGACAGUAGCAUAUAAAAUGGUGCGUACAUAUAAAAGAAAAACCAACCGCCAAUCGUGGUCUGAAACUUCCAUGGAACGAGCAAUCAAUGAAGUGAGAUCUGGUCGACUUGGAUACCUUACUGCCAGCAAGGAAUAUGAUGUUCCGAAGUCCACACUAGAGCGUAGGGUGAAAGACAAGAACAAACGAGCAACUGAUUCAAACAAAGGACUUGGUAAUUUUGAAACAGUAUUCCCAAAACCAUUGGAGGAAGAACUGGUGAACUACAUAUUAAGGAUGGAAGAGAUAUUUCAUGGACUGACCACUGUUGAUGUGAGAUUGCUGGCCUUCCAACUGGCGGAGAGAAAUGGACUUCCACAUAAGUUCCACAGUGAAACUGAGAGAGCUGGCAAAGAUUGGCUGGCAAAUUUUCUUCGCAGAUACUCUAAUUUGUCAAUCAGAUGUCCUGAAGCCACCUCUGCAGCCAGAGCUAGAGGUUUUAAUCGUCAGAGUGUCAUGACAUUUUUUAUUUUGUUAGAAUCACUGCAAGACAAGUACCAUUUUGAACCAGGUAGGAUUUAUAACGUGGAUGAGACAGGAAUAACCACAGUGCAGGGAGUCCCAUCUAAUGUCAUUGCUCUCAGAGGCAAGAAGCAAGUCGGCACUCUAACAUCUGCAGAGCGUGGCACACUGAGCACUGCUACUAUUUGUAUGAACGCACUUGGCAAUUAUAUCCCACCAAUGAUAAUUUUUCCUAGGGUGAGAAUGAAAGAGCAUUUGAAGAUGGGUGCACCUCCAGGAUCACUUUGUGUGGUCCACAAGUCUGGCUGGAUGCAGACGGAGCCGUUCGUAACAUGGUUUCAGCACUUCAUGAAACAUUGUAAGCCAUGUAAGGAAGACCCAGUCCUACUUGUCCUGGAUGGCCACGCAACUCAUACUAAGAACCUGGAAGUGGUCGACUUGGAAAGAGAUAAUGGUGUGGUAAUAUGGUGCCUUCCUCCCCACUGCAGCCAUAGAUUACAACCACUUGAUGUUUCGUUCAUGAAACCUCUGAGCACCUUCUACACACAGGAGGUUGAGAAAUGGCUCCGUCAUAAUCCAGGAAAAGUGGUUACAACUUAUCAGGCAGCUGAAUUAUUUGGACAGGCAUACAUCAGAGCUGCCACUUCUCUCACUGCUGUCAACGGGUUUAGGAAGACAGGCAUUUUCCCAGUGAAUAGGGAUAUCUUCCAGGAACAUGACUUUUCACCUGCCGACACGACAGAUGUACCUAUGCAUGCUGCAGAUGACAUUAUUGACGCUGCCUCCCCAGUCAUUCAUACUGAUAACCGGCCAGACGAACACUCUACAAUUGGUCCUAUCAAGCCAAAGGCGCCCACUCCUCCAGCACCAUUGCCUAAGGCUACCUCUCAGAGUCUUGUCGUUCCAUCCACUACUGAUGCUACCCAACCACAAACACCCACCUCUACACCACUAGUGCCUAAGGCUACCUCUCAGAGUCUUGUCGUUCCAUCCAUUACUGAUGCUACCCAGCCAAAAACAACCACCUCUACACCACCAGUGCCUACUACCUCAGAGUCUUGUCAAACUGAUGCUACUCAGCCAAAAACACCUACACCAACACCACCAGUGUCUAAGGAUGCGUCGCCAAGUCUUGUCAUUCCACCCACCACCGGUACUAUUAACCCACAAACACCCACCCGCACAGCACCAGCACUCAAGGAUGGGUUUCAGGUUCCUCCUGCUGUUCCUUCCACUUCUGGAGUGGCCUCUCCUAGGGCAAAACCGAUGUCCUUUGUUUUACCGUCUGUUAUUUCUCCAAUCCCGAAGCUCAAAGAAAAGGUUUCUGUGACACGUAAAGGCAUAAAACGUGGAUCAACGGUUGUAUUAACAAGUAGCCCAUACAAGCAGCAACUCCUGGAACAGCAGAAAGCAAAUACUGUGAAUAAAGUGAUUAGGCCUAAAACAAAAGGGAAAGGAGCGAAAUGUGGUAGUAGGCGUGGCAAGGCCAGCAAAAUAUCUACAGUUGUAACGGAGGGGCCUGCUGGAAACAGCAUUGAUGAUGAAGAUGCACAGUGCUUAUAUUGCAAUGAUGUAUACUCUAAUUCGGCUGAAGAUGAAGUUUGGGUUCAGUGUACCACCUGCAAAGGGUGGUCUCACCAGGACUGUGCAGGGGUUGAAGAGGAUGACUUUAUUUGUGAUAUCUGUUCUGACUAA